GUCGAAUCAAGUCAAUUCGCUGCCAACCUUCGCCUGCGCCCGCCUUUUUUUCCAUCAUCGUCAUCUUGGUGUAUUGAUUGUGCGACAGACUUUCGGUCUUUGCGAUCGCUGCCAAGGGAAAUUUGUCGACUGCCCGACUUCGUGUGCAUACCUUUAUUUGCCUGCACAUCAAAAGUCGGGGCGACCUUUCACCAGUCCAUCAAGUCGUCGGCUUACCCCCUUUAGUCCGUGCCGAUCAGACCGUGUCUCAGCCAAUUCACGCUCGCCCGCCUCCCGAUUUUACUGUUGUGAUCCAAGCUCCAGAAAGCUUCGAAGCUUAACCAUCACGUCCAACACGCGGCGUGUCAAUCGCUUCAAAUUCGCCCAUAUAGAAAGACCAAACUGCACUAUAGACAAACAGGUUUCAAAUCCAGUCUCUCCAUCCCUUUCAACCAGGACUUCCCUUCUUGUGGGUGGCUGCAUCCAUUCAGCUACCUACCGAUCGGCCAUGUCAACACCCGGUGCGGACCUGGUCAGCCAGGUCUCCAAUGGCCCUGUCGAUGAGCCAUCUGGGCCGACCACACCCGCUGCCUUGUUAGAAUCGCAAGAGACACUCCCUUCCACCGAAGCGCCUGCAUCCCCGAAUGAAACCGCAGGGUCGUUGAAGUCAGACCGCGUCGAUGAGCGCCCUCAAUCAGCCGUCAUUCCAUCCUCCUUGACGCCGCCUCCAUCUUCUCAACUCCCCACCGUCAACGGCGGCGCAACACAUGCAGAUUUGCCAAACCCAACCAGGGCCAGCAUUCUUUCACCACCUGACACCAGCCUUCCAAGCUCUCGGAGACCGCAAAAUGUCGCGCCGCCGUUUGCACCCCCGGCGCCGGACGAGGUGAUUGGGGCGUCGCCAGACCAGCUGCGACUGAUGGUGGAGCGACUGAUCGUAGAAAACAGGCGAGUCAAUGCCGAAGUUGCAUCCCUCAAGAUGCAGGUACACAUGUCCGACUUUCACCGUGCGGAGGCUGCCAAACGACACAAGGUUGAGCAGGAGAUGCUUUGCCGUGAAGUUGAGGCACUUCGAUCGGCCGAGCACGCGAGGCAGGCUCGCCGAGAGCUGAGCUCGGUCUCUAAUUCAUUCCAAGCCAAGCACUACCAGCUCAAGGUGGCUCACGACGAACUCAUUGACGAACAUGCGGUUGUCAGGAAGAGGCUCAAGGCCGCCAAGAAGCUCAUCCAGGCCAAAGAAGAAGAGAUUGAGAAUUUGAAAGACGACAAGGAGGAGCUUGUGAUACGCCUGAGGGAGAACAGAGACCACCUGAAUGCUUUUCGUAGCCCAGGUGGUAUCUUUCACGGGGGCGUGACGCCCAAGGCUCAGGGCGCGACUUCCCCAACACAACCGCGCAACACACCCCGGCAAACCUCCAAGCCACCACGACGUGAACCUCGGGUCGCCCAAAACCACAAUGAAGCCCCGUUUACAAUGCUGCUCGAGGUCCUGAAUGCGGAGAACAACAGUGCCCCGUCGACCCGGACCACGGCCACCCGACCGAUGCCCAAAAUCUCGUCUAAACAUACCAGGAACGUACAGUCAAUGUCAUCGCUCCCCAUAACUCCCGCGACACGACCCCGUGCGGACUAUGGUGGUCUCCUUCCCUCUGCCGACCUAGUACCGCAGUCUGAGCCACCACACAGAUAUGGAGGACACCGCAUGCAGCUCGUACCGUCCACGCCAGUUAGAGACAGCGGGCGCAAGAGCAGAGAGAGCACAAUCUCGGUUGACGAUAACGCAGAGCUAGCGCGUCAGGCCUUGGCCUCGGUUGCCGCGCAGGCCCAGUCUUUCGCUGCGUCGCAUCAUGCCGCCGCUGGUACCGACAGCGGUAGCUUUCACGGAACUGGAGAUCCGCACCCGUCGACCCAGGGAGAACAGGACGAAGAGGAGGUGUAUGAGAGCCAGGCCAGCCAGGCAGCGUCCGAGAUGCUCCGACGCGAUCCGCGCGAGAGCUUCGAAGUCAUCGCCUCCCGCGACGGGACACCGAAUCCCCCUUCGGCCCCGGCUGAGAAGAGCGCUACGCUGCAGCAGACGCUAUUUGCGGGGAUAGGCAGGAGUGGAGUCGCCAUGGCUACCGAGAAGAGGAAGUUUAGCGGCGGCGCCAACGAUGUGCACAGACAAGAGAUGACCAGCCCACAUAAGAGGGCGAGAAUUGAUGGGAACUUGAGGGAGGGGGGUGUAGGUCUUGGCAUCUACGGCCAGGAUUCCUGAACAUGACUUGUGGAUGUUGACUUUUGUGGAAAGGUUUCCAAGAGCAUUUUUGGGGCGUUCCUCCUGGCACCAGGUUUGCUUGUUGGCUGAGUCUACGGAUUAAGAGACUUGAGCUGACAAAAGUGUUGCAAAUUGGAUAAUGACUAUAUGAGGCACUGGGACUGGCACCUUUGGUGGCAUGAUCCCUUGUAGAAUGUUAUGGCCUAUCUAGGUAGAGAUUAUGAUUUCACGAACGACUCUGUUGUCCAUUUGGAACUAAACUUUGUUCCAUAGGCUGACUGGCCGUGUUCCAAUUCGGGACUAUCUGGCUUUUGUUUGCUAUACCCUACAGAUUGUAAAGCUAGAUACUUCUCUUGCGGGAUUUUAUCUUUGGUUUGAGUAGUGAUAGUCAGGCUCAGUCAACUGCUGCUUGGCCGCAUCAUCGGCUCAAGUGCCGAUGGUUCUCAGAUAGAAAUGUCGAGAUAAGAAAACCAAGGUACAAAAUGGAAAUCCAUUCCCAAUAGCCGCAAAACAGC